AUGUCAACAUCUACCUCACCAGCAAAAGAAAUUUUUAAAAGUCAAUGUUCACCCGACAAUCUUAAAGAAAUCAUAAAGAAUAAAAUCAGCUUUUUAAAAAAUAUUUUAAAUUCAUUUGAUGAAAAAAGAAUUUCGACACCUUCAUCAACUAAUAUUAAAGGAACUUUUGAGCUUAGUUCACCAAGCGUUAGUAGUUUUCUUCAGCUUGAUCAAUCAGUUUGCAAUGACUUAAUUGAAAGCUUUAAAGCGGUAAAUCCUUCUUGGGAAUCACAAUGGGAUAAUGCUGAAGAGUUGAGAGAAAAUUUUUUUGAACAUUAUCUUGAUGAACGUAAUGCUAUAGUAGAAAUAUCUUGUUAUUUAUUUUAUUUAGCCAUAGAUUCUGGUUCUAUCUAUCACAAUGUUGCGAAGGAAAUAAUAGAACAAAAUUUUCUUGAUGAUGAUUUUAUUGAUCAAAUAUUCAAGCAAUUAAAACGAAUACCUGAAGAAGACAUUCCAGAUAACUUUGCUCAAUUAUCUUUUUCAAAAAUAUGGGCUUUACAAGUAGUCAAGGAACAAAAGGCUCUUUUAGAGCUUUUGUUUUUGAGAUAUACUGUUCAAGAACCUGAAAAAUUAACCAACAGGUUAUUAUUGAAAUUCCUUCAACAUUCAGUCAACAAUAAGUUUGGCCUUAUUCAACACGUUGAGCAAUAUCUUGACACACAUGGAAAGAAUAUAGCCACGCAGAUCAAUCAUCUGUAUCAGAUAGUAAUGAUUACAAUUAUGUUUAUUGAAUUGAAUUUCCGUUCUAUCCUACAAACUUCUGAAAAUUUUCAAUAUGAACCAGUUUCAACUGAUGAUCUAAUAGCAAUCAAUAAUCUUGCAUUAAAUAUUGGAUACGAUAGAACUUAUGGAGUUUUUCAUUGGAUUUGGUCAUCAUAUUUAUUACACUUACAAGUCUAUUAUGAUGAAACUGGAUGGCCAAAAAAUAACCAAUCUUUAGAAACAACAGUAACAUAUAUGAUAAAGGAAUGUGGUCUCAAAGCAUUUAAAUUAGAUGUCAUCAGUUACAUACUAAGCAUGCUUAAGGGUCCAUGCUUUCAACCAGAUGUAGCAUAUUUGUUUGGUUAUAAACUUGCCUUCAAAUUAUAUUUUAUUUCAGUUUUUGAAGCAUAUGAAGUACAACAUUUACCAAAAUAUGAAUUGUUAGUUGAGUGUUUUUCAUUAGUGUUUGGAGAAAAUGGACCUAGUGAAUUAUUUUGGAAUGAGGAUUUUGAUUACCCUAAACGUAGAUCGUUAUUAGAUUUAUCAAUUUCAAGGUUUCCACAUCAAUUCCAUCCACUUAUGCAGUUGUUUGACUCAUUAGCCUUCGGCUCAGAGUCAGCAAAUAAUGUUUACAGUUUCAUGAAAUCUUUUUCAGUGUGUUGUUGUUUUGCAAACAAUAAUCAAUUGGAAAUCUCACAGACAAGUAAUAAUAUUGUAAUUAGCAGAUUUCCUAUAAAAAUUUUCAAAAAUUUAAACCAAUCUCCUGUAAUACCUCAAAGGACUGAAGGAUAUAUAGUUUCAUCCAAUGAUGAAGGCAAAUUAGUUCGUUGGAUGCUUGAAUAUUCAGGAUGGCAACUUUGUUAUGGAAUUUUGAAAUCUUUUUCAACAUUAAACAUAGAAAAAAUCAAUAUUUUCAAUAGUACUUCAGAUAUAAAUGAUAUUAUUUCUAAAGCUAGUGAUAUAUUGUUACUUAUAAAUACAAUGUUCAGAAAUAAUCCUGAUAUCAUCCCUACCUUUUUAGAACAUUUGGAAUCUCAAAAUAUGACAGAAAAUUAUGAUUCAAACUUUUUAUCAAUGCUUUUUUCAAUCAUUCACAAUCUUAUGAAUGUUUAUCCAAUUGAUCUUAAUUUAAUUGCUUCUACGUUACAAUGUAUUAAGCUACUAUUACCAAACUGCGGAAAACAAUUUUACACUCACUUUAAAAAAUCAAGAUUGCUCCCAGAUAUUUCUAUAGAUGUGCAUACAAACAAUAACAAUAACAAUGAGGAUGAUGCUUUACAAUCAAUUGGUCGAUUGCAAUCUCUAUUGAUCCAGCAUGAAUGUACAGAAGGACGGUAUCCGGUCACACUUGCAAUUUUAGAUUUGAUGAUUGAAAUGUUGGUUAAUCUUGAAUUGCAUAAUAUAGAUAAUGAUCCAGACUCGUGGAAACUUUCAUUAGACGUCAUAUACUCAACUUUAUCUUACGUACUAGGUGUUGUUUUUGUGUACUUUGAGCUUUGGCAUUACAAAAAUCCAUCGGUACGUAUUCAGAUUGGUUUAAAAUGUUUAGAAAUUUUUAAUAGGAUAUCUCUUGGCUGUCAUCCAAAAAGAGAUGCACCAAGUUUUGCAGAUUCAAUGAUAGAUUUGAAAAGUAACAAAAAAUUAGAUUCUAUUCGUGAGUUUUUAAUUAAAACUUUUAUUUCUGAUGAAGGAUCAUAUUAUUCAGUACCUUUAAUUUCUAUCAUUGAGAAGGGAAAAUAUUUUAUUCAGCAUUCGGAUAUGGCAUCAAAAAAUUUAAUUACACCUGAAUUGUUAAAAUUAUUGGAAUAUACAUUAGAGUUAAUAAUUUUGAUUAUAAAAGGACGUAAAAUUUAUUCUAAAGAUUUAUCUUGGAUUGAACUCAAUCUGUUGGAUAGGACUAAAAAAAAUGGCAAAACAUUAAUCCUUAAAAUUGCAUCACUAAUAAAAUUUACGGAAAGUUAUGAAAUACCAAUGUUAGCUUGUGAACUUUUGACCUUACUUUUAACAAUAGCAGAUGAAUCCUUGACAAAUUGGCAAUCUUUAGGUGGAUUAUUUGGAAAAGAAUCAGACUCAAAACAAUUGCUAAAGCUUUUUAUUGAUAAUUUACAAUCUGAUAUUUUUAAUCCAGACUUACAAGUUGCAAUUAUAAAUUUUAUCACAGUUGCCACCAAAUCUCAAUUCAUGUUUAUUAUUGAUGACUUUGAUACUCCAAAACCACUUGAUCGCAAAGGAAAGGGUAAAGCAACUGAUGAAAAUCAAAUUACAACCUCUGUUUCCUCUGUUAUUCUUAGUUUUUUUCAAGAUUGGAAACAAUUAAUAAUCAAUAAACCAUUACUAUUACUAUCGGUUGUCAGAUUUAUGGAUACUUUAUGGUUGACUAUACAUGAUCAAAAAAUUUAUAAACUAAAAGAUUUUAAACCUCAUUUAAAACAAUUACAAGAAAAUAAGACAAUAUGGGAAAAUAUUGUUUCUAUACUAUUUUCUGAUAUUGACGAUACUAAAUUACCAGAUUUUUCUGGUUUGAAUUACAAGGAUCUCAAGUUUUUUAGUCUUGUAGAUGAUGAUGUCUUGAACAAAUGUUGCAAGUUAAACAUCAUAGGAGGAGUAUUGAGAAUCAUAGCUAAUGAAAUCAAAAUAUUUACUAAAGUUGAAAAAAUUGUAUCAGUUGAAGAUAUUUACAAAAAGAUAACAACUGAAAGCAAUUUAAAAACAUUAUUCAUAGAUAUUAAAAAGUCAGAUCAACUGUUUAAAUGGUUCAAGGUUUUCAUUGAUAUAAAUUGUGAUUCCAAGUCUCAGUUUGCACUCAAAGAUUUGGCUAAUAAAAUUUCAGAGACUUAUCCUCAAAUCAAUCUUAAAAGAUUUACUGUUUUACGCUGGAGUGAAGAUUAUGAUUUAAGGCAUCAAUAUGGGGAUUCAUAUAUUUAUGAUAUAAAUUUGGCAUUCAACGUUUUCUUAUAUUUUAAUAGAGAUGCUAAUAAUGUUGAUAAAGAUUUAGUUGAAAAUUUUUUAUCAUGUUUAUGUAAAGUAAAUCAUCAAUUUUCACAAUUGGAUUCACAGAUUGUAUUACUUCGUUCUUGGAAAUAUUUUAUGGAAAUAUCAUCAUCUUAUUUAGGUAGCCAAUUCUGGAUCUCAAAUAGUGGCUCAGAUUUUUCUUGGCCUAUAGUGAAAGGCAUUGCUGAACAUAUUGAUAAAGAAGCAAAUAAAGAAAACCUAGUUGCCUUAACAACGCUUAAUGAACUUGCAACUUUUUUAUUUUACUUGUUGACAGAAUUUACACUAAUUGAUAAUUAUAAAAGUAUAAAGAACAAAAGUAUAAAAUAUUUAGAAUUGAUUAUUUUAUUGGAAGAAGCAAUAAUUAAUGUUGUUUUGCCAAAACAAAAUUCAAUCGAGACACGUUCAAAUCUCAUGUAUCACAAGCCAUUAUUACAAUCACUGUUAUUGUGUCUGCGUACACUUAACUCCAAUGAAAACAAUAAUUAUAGUCAAGAGCAAUUAUCAAAUUUUCAAAAAUCUUGUCAUCCACUUUUAACAAAAAUAACAGCAUUGUUGGAAUCUGCGAUGAGCCGAGGAUUUGGUGAUUCAAAUUACGAGGAAGAGAUAUUAAUAUUAAUAGCAAUAAUGGAACAACUUAUUAAACCAUUGUGCAUUCCUGAUUCCACAAAAUGGCUUAAAAUACUUGAAGGUCGUAAUAUUAAUAAACUUUUCUUUAACACAUUUAAAUAUUCCUUAAUGAUGCCAUGGAAAGAUCGAUCAGUAUAUGCAGAUAGUGUAAUUUACUUUUUAUUGCAUCUUUCAAAUAUACCAUCUGCAGCCAAGAAAUUAUUCAAUGAUGGAAUUAUGACGGUGUUUUGUAAUAAUCAACUUUCACCAACGCUUCAAGAAGGAAAAGUUAAACCAAAUAUAACAGAAGGAGAAGAAGAAGAUUGGCAUCAAGUUUGGUGUUUAAUGUUGGCAAUUGUAACCAGUAUGCUGUCUACAAUUGAUGGUGAUUCUACCAAGGAACGUAAAAAUUUUCUAAAAAAUCUAAUUGGAUUUAUUAAUUUAUUCAGUAAACAAUUUCAGAAGGCAAUGGCUUUAGAAUUACCAAUUAGCAUGCCAUAUCUCGAAGAAAUUUCAAAUAUCACAAUGAUGUUCUAUCAUAUAUCAUUGAUACUAAAGCAUGAGCCAAUUGAUCACCAAGAAUCACUCGCUGUUUAUUUUGAUGAGUCAUUGAUAAUGUUGGUGUCAAAAUUAAAUUAUUUAUUCACACAUCCUAAAUAUAUGUCACGUGUGGUUCAGUGUUUGACAGAGGAGGAAAAUAAACAAUCAAAAGUGCCUAUUUCUGAAGGAUUAAAAAUAGCAUUUCAAAAGAUAAUGCCAGCUAUUGAUGUGAAAACAUCUGAUUCAUAUGAAAUGAAUAGAUUUCUACAAAGAGUGCAGCAAAAACUUUUAGUAAUUGCCAGAAAUACUUUGGCCACAUACAUUAACUUAACCAAAUCACAAGAUGUUCUUAUGAUGUCUGCACCGACAUCAUUAAAAGAACGUGUUUAUUUUGAACCAUUGAUGAAAAUUUCAGAUAAUGAAUCACCAACAAUAGCAACACUUUUAGAAUUCAUGGAAUAUGGACUCACGUUGUUAGAAUUGUGGGAAAUAUCUGCCAACAAUUCUGAUAAGAUAGAUGAUCAAGAUUUCUGGAAAGUCACAUGGAAAACAAAUAUUACAUUCAUAGAGAUGACAGGUUUUUUGACAAUAUCACAGCUAACAACAACAUUUUUCUCUGAACAACACAAAAGAAGAGACAUCAAUGGAUUAUUGACAGAGGUUAACGAACGUAUAGUAAAAAUACUACGUGCUCUUAAUAAAUUAUUGGUAAUGAAAGACAAGGUUAAGACUGAAGAGUCAGAAUUGACAUCUCUUGAUAUUGUUUUACGUGGUUUACAAAAAUUCAGUUCAAAA